GCGCGGGGAAGCCCGGCCGAGGGAUGGGCUGUGCCCCCAGCAUCCACGUCUCGCAGAGCGGCGUGAUCUACUGCCGGGACUCUGACGAGUCCAACUCGCCCCGCCAGACCACCAGCGUGUCGCAGGGCCCCGCCGCCCCCCUGCACGGCCUCUUCGUCCAGACCGACGCCGCCGACGUUAUUCCCCGGAGCCGCGCGUCUGGACCCCCCGGGGCCGCCCGCGUCCGCAGAGCCCGCACUGAGCUGGGCAGCGGCGGCAGCAGCGGCAGCAGCAGCGCGGGCUCCGCAGCCCCCGCCACGACCACCUGCAGGGGCCGGAGGCGCCACUGCUGCAGCAGCGCGGAGGCCGAGACCCAGACCAGCUACACCAGCGUCAAGCAGGUUUCUUCUGCGGAGGUACGCAUUGGGCCCAUGAGACUGACACAGGAUCCUAUUCAGGUUUUGCUGAUCUUUGCAAAGGAAGAUAGUCAGAGUGAUGGAUUCUGGUGGGCCUGUGACCGAGCUGGUUAUAGAUGCAAUAUUGCCCGGACUCCAGAGUCAGCCCUGGAAUGCUUUCUAGAUAAACAUCAUGAAAUUAUCGUAAUAGAUCACAGACAGACUCGAAACUUUGAUGCAGAAACAGUGUGCAGGUCGAUCCGAGCCACGAAUCCCUCUGAGCACACGGUGAUCCUGGCGGUGGUUUCCCAAGCAUCAGGCGACCAUGAAGAGGCCUCGGUCCUCCCGCUCCUGCAUGCAGGCUUCAAUAGGAGAUUUAUGGAGAAUAGCAGCAUAAUUGCUUGCUAUAAUGAACUGAUUCAAAUAGAACACGGGGAAGUUCGCUCACAGUUCAAACUACGGGCCUGUAAUUCAGUGUUUACAGCAUUAGACCACUGUCAUGAAGCCAUAGAAAUUACAAGUGAUGACCAUGUGAUUCAGUACGUCAACCCAGCCUUUGAAAGGAUGAUGGGCUACCACAAAGGCGAGCUCCUGGGGAAAGAGCUCGCCGAGCUGCCCAAAAGUGAUAAGAACCGGGCAGACCUUCUUGACACCAUCAACACGUGCAUCAAGAAGGGCAAGGAGUGGCAGGGGGUUUACUAUGCCAGACGGAAAUCCGGGGACAGCAUCCAGCAGCACGUGAAGAUUACCCCAGUGAUUGGCCAAGGAGGGAAAAUUAGGCAUUUUGUCUCCCUCAAGAAGCUGUGUUGUACCACUGACAAUAAUAAGCAGAUUCACAAGGUUCAUCGUGAUUCAGGAGACAAUUCUCAGACAGAGUCUCAUUCAUUUAGAUACAAGAACAGGAGGAAAGAGUCCAUUGAUGUGAAAUCGAUAUCAUCUCGAGGCAGUGAUGCACCAAGCCUCCAGAAUCGUCGCUAUCCAUCCAUGGCAAGGAUCCAUUCCAUGACCAUCGAGGCUCCCAUCACAAAGGUUAUAAAUAUAAUCAAUGCAGCCCAAGAAAACAGCCCCGUGACAGUAGCAGAAGCCUUGGAUAGAGUUUUGGAAAUUUUACGGACCACGGAACUGUAUUCCCCUCAGCUCGGAACCAAAGAUGAAGAUCCUCACACCAGUGAUCUCGUUGGAGGCCUGAUGACCGAUGGCUUGAGAAGGUUGUCAGGAAACGAGUAUGUGUUCACUAAGAAUGUGCACCAGAGUCACAGUCACCUUGCGAUGCCAAUAACCAUCAACGAUGUCCCCCCUUGUAUCGCUCAAUUACUUGAUAAUGAGGAAAGUUGGGAGUUCAACAUCUUUGAAUUGGAAGCUGUUACACAUAAAAGGCCAUUGGUUUACCUGGGCUUAAAGGUAUUUUCCCGGUUUGGAGUCUGUGAAUUUUUACACUGUUCUGAAACUACUCUUCGGGCCUGGCUCCAAGUGAUUGAGGCCAACUACCACUCUUCCAAUGCUUAUCAUAACUCCACCCAUGCCGCCGAUGUCCUGCACGCCACUGCCUUCUUUCUCGGAAAGGAAAGAGUAAAGGGAAGCCUUGAUCAGCUGGAUGAGGUAGCAGCGCUGAUUGCCGCCACAGUCCACGAUGUGGAUCACCCGGGAAGGACCAACUCGUUCCUGUGCAACGCAGGCAGUGAACUCGCUGUGCUCUAUAAUGACACUGCUGUCCUGGAGAGUCACCACACCGCCCUGGCCUUCCAGCUCACGGUCAAGGACAGCAAAUGCAACAUUUUCAAGAACAUUGACAGGAACCAUUAUCGAACACUACGCCAGGCUAUUAUUGAUAUGGUUUUAGCAACAGAGAUGACAAAACACUUUGAACAUGUGAACAAAUUUGUGAACAGCAUCAAUAAGCCCCUGGCGGCUGAGAUUGAGGGCAGUGACUGUGAAUGCAACCCUACAGGGAAGAACUUUCCUGAAAACCAAAUUCUGAUCAAGCGGAUGAUGAUCAAGUGUGCUGAUGUCGCCAACCCAUGCCGCCCCCUGGACCUGUGCAUUGAAUGGGCUGGGAGGAUCUCUGAGGAGUAUUUUGCACAGACUGAUGAAGAGAAGAGACAGGGGCUCCCUGUGGUGAUGCCAGUGUUUGACCGGAAUACAUGUAGCAUCCCCAAAUCCCAAAUCUCUUUCAUUGACUACUUCAUAACAGACAUGUUUGAUGCUUGGGAUGCCUUUGCCCAUCUGCCAGCCCUGAUGCAACAUUUGGCUGAUAACUACAAACACUGGAAGACAUUAGAUGACCUAAAGUGCAAAAGUCUGAGGCUUCCAUCUGACAGCUAAACCCGAGAGAGAAGGGGACCUCUUGAUCUGCAACGGGCACUGUGAAUCACAGUAGUGUAAAUAAGAGGCUUUCCUUUAUACUGAAAAGACAGGUGUAGGUUAAGGGGUUGGUGUUUAAUUUUUGACUUUGAAUCACUCAAGUCCCAAAUUGCAUUUUUAGAAAGUUAUGUUCCAUUAAGAAAAAUAUUUUUUCUUUUGAACACUUAGUGAUAGUGUCCUCAUCAAACUAUGGAGCUCAUUUACUCUAGCAGGCUACAAGCAGCAAAAACUUGGUGCCUGUGAGCCCAUCUCUGUGGAUGACACAGCUUAGCGAGUGUUCAGCUCAUCUCUAACCAUAGAAGUCAACAUUGCUGUUUAGCUUGACUAUUUUCCUCAAGAGCACCAGUCUGAAAGAUUCAUAAAAACACCUAAGGAAAAAAACUAUUUAUAAAAUGAGCAAAACAACUAGGACCAAAUUAUUGAUAAACUAGUUUCACAGCCUCUGUGGCUAAGCAGUUCUUUUGAUCAAGGGGGUGACACCCUAGGUAGACCACAGCCUGGGCCUGGUGAGUGCCUUCUGAAGACUGGUAGAAGCAGCCUGUGUAGCCUUCUUUCCUAUAAAAGCAAUUCACCUUAACAGUGAGCCAUUCAUGGUAGGGAAGGGACUGACACCUUGUUUGGGGGGAAUCCACGCACUUCCCUUGUUUCUGGUUUACAGAGGCAGUCACAAGGCCGUAUAGUAAGUAUUAUAUAAAAGCCAUUAAACCUGAAUGCCCUUGGAUAAGGUUUUUUAAAAAAGAAAAUUUAUAUACAUUCACAGU